AUGUUCACAGCACAGUUUAGCAUCGGGGAUGCUACGGAGAACCUCAGUCGAAUAGUUAUAGCAAACGUAUGUUCAGCUGCCGGCGACUAUCGAGAUCCAUCUUGGCUGUGGCCGCCACCCUUACACCAACCCUAUUGCAGGUUCCACUUCCUUAAAGAAUGCUCAAUAUAUCACCUACAGGAGAACGAGAGCUUUAAGCGUAUGAUCGGGACGUGUACAGCGAAACCUAACAAGACUGGCAAGUGGCCCGCCGCACCAACGCGGGUUCAGCCAGCGAGACGAGCUCGUGAGAAAACAUCGAAAGGUCAGUCGGGAACACCGAUAGGCAGCCGGAAUUCUAGCCCAGCACCAGGAGAUAAACCCGUCCGUUUAUCUACUGUAAUCGAGACUUGGCGUCAUCAGCUUCAACUUCAGCUUCCUUGGCCGAUAUAUAAGACAAAGAUAGAGGCUGAAAUAGAGAGAUAUUCGAGUAGAACUGUUCGGGACAACCAGCAAAAAGGUAGCCACGACUUGGGCUUCGAAUGUCGGUACUGUAAAUUCUAUCCUGAAGUAGUCGACUUUCAAGGCUCUGUAUCGAGGAGGCUAGCCCCGCCGGCGCCAAUGCAUUUCGUUCAGCUAAGCGACAUUAAAAAUGUGCAGCCGACAGAGUUCGGGGGUCUCAAGUUCGUAGUUGAUGUAUCUGAAAGACAUGAGACGAUUAUCCUGUUAAAUAUGAAUAAGCUAGAAGACUUUGCUAGUUGUCAGGAGAAGGCGGAACAGGUAGAGGGAUUGAGUUCGACCCAACACGUGGAAUCAGGAAAGAGAAGUCUGAUGAUCGAGCCUAUAGAGUUAGAUGAACCAACCAAUUCGAUAUCGAAGAAGCGCAGGAGAAGGAGAUGAGAAUGAGAAAGAGAGGAGGGUGAGAGAAUAUGAGACGGAAAGGGGGGAUGACGUUACGGAGAAUCGACUUAAGAUAUGAACGACCUUCCUCCUUGAAUGAUUAUGCGAUUUUUUGCUUGUUUUCGAAAUCUCAGUUUACCGUGGUUUGAAAGCAUACUAU